AUGGGUGACAGCUACCAUCCGCAGCGUGAGCGUGGGUACGGCCAGCCUACUCGCUAUGAGGCAUACCCCGACCGCUCCCGUGGGUAUGGUGGCGGCGAUCGCUAUGACCCACGAUACGACAACUACUCCAGAUAUGACCCGCGUCCGCGCUCGCGCUCGCCGUCAAGGUAUGACCCCUAUGCGCGCCAGGCUUACGCACCUCCGCCACGCGCCCCCUGGCACAACGAGUACGAGCCAUAUGACGACCACCGGAACGCGAACCCACCGAACAGUGGUUACUCGUUUCGCGGUGUUGCCGCCAAUGGCGAUACGUACCAGCCGACCCGCGCCGAAGAGAACUUCUCUUUCCGAGCACCUACUGGUCCAUCGGCACCACGCUUUCCGCCACAGCAAGCUCCUUUGCCGCAGCGGCCCACGAAAGCGCAGCGGAAAGUUGAUGGGCCGAAGGUUCAGAGCCAACUUUACCCGCCACCUCAGCAGCGGUGGAAGACUGGAGGGUUUAGGAAACCACCAGCUCCCCACCAGCGCGACAUCUUGAAGCAUGCAAAACGGGGUGGCACGCCAGAGCAGCUGGAAGGUAUGACUUCCGGAGGUGCCCGCUUUGCCGAAGUCAUUUCAGACGACGAGAGUGAUGAAGAUGAUGCGGCCGAUGACAGCGAUGCUCCUCGCAAACGCCAGAAGGUGACGUCAGAGCCAGCCGGACAAGAAGCAAGCGCUCCAAAAUGGUCGAAUCCGGAGUACUUCACUGCUUUGCCGCCACCAGAGACUGCAGGUGCACCAAAGAAAGACAUCGUACAAGUGAUCCGCAAGGCAAAGCGAGAGGCUUCCUCAAACCAGACGUCAUCGAACGCUGUGAAGAGCAACGUUGACUACAUCUCCUUCAACUUCGACGAUGACGUAUCUAUGGAUGGGUCAGAUGAUAUGCAGAUUGUGGAUCCCCCUACUGGUGCUUCUAAGGCUGCCUUCGACCAGAGCUCCAGAAAGCAUUCGAACGGCGGAAGGCUCUCGAAUGACAAUUCUCUCGAUCAGAUUCAUUCUGCUUUCGAUCCUCAACCGCUUGCGGCGCGCAUCACAAAGGCGGAUGAUGCAACUGGCUCUCCACCCAAACCUCCACACGGAUUGAUCAUGCCUUCGGAUCAGGAAUUGGCCGCCACUCGAAGCAACACUUUCAAGGGCAAGAAGCGCAAGCAUGCGGAGCAAUCAACUGAACUCGGCAGCAUCAUACCUGCCUGGCAAGCUUCUGGACCUAGUGCAACGCCCUGGUUCAACCCCGAGAAUGUCAAGACAAGUAGUUCUGCACUACGCCUCCACAUGGAGAUCUGUGACUUCUACGACUUCGUUCGACCGUUCGAAUUCGAAGAGACCGUUCGCCAGGAUCUCAUCGAGCGGACGCAACGAGCGGUGCGCAGCUCUCACAUUCAGCCGCAAACUCAUAAGGUCGAGAUCAAGUGCUUUGGUAGCUUCGCAUCCGGCCUGUAUCUUCCGACAGCUGAUAUGGACCUCGUCGCGGUGUCGCCUGACUUCCUUCGGUCUGGAAUGAAAACUUUCUGCGGAAGUGGAGGUCAAAUACACAGGCUUGCGCGGUAUCUCGAGAACACUGGUCUUGCUGCCCCUGGCACCGUCUCGCCUGUCCCGAAAGCUAGAGUGCCGAUCGUCAAAUUCGUCGAAAGCUUGACUGGCAUCAAAGUUGACAUCUCGUUCGAGAAUGACUCCGGACUGAAGGCGAACGAGACAUUUGCCAAAUGGAAGGAGGCAUAUCCCGCCAUGCCGAUCAUUGUUGUACUAAUCAAGCAGAUGCUCGCGAUGCGUGAUCUGAACGAGGUCUUCAGCGGCGGUCUUGGAGGCUUUUCGAUCAUCUGUCUGGUCGUGAACAUGAUGCAGCUGAUGCCUCAGAUGCAGUCUGACAGCAUGGACCCACAACAGCACUACGGCCAGCUCCUCUUGGAGUUCCUUCACCUGUAUGGCACAAACUUCGACACCACCGCGACUGGCAUCCAGAUGCGCCCUCCGUACCAGUUUCAGAAGCUGAAGCAAAAAGGCGUGAAGACCUUCUCCGGAGACAAUCAGCGCCUCACCAUCAUCGACCCGAACAACCCUAGCAACGAUAUCUCUGGUGGUACCCGCCACAUCCCUGUCAUUCUUGAUGUCUUCAAAAAGGCGCAUGCGGACAUCCAGCGCCGUCUGGCCGAGAUCAGCAGCGGCAAGAAUGUUGAGGAGAGCAUUCUGGGCUGUGUUCUAGGUGGGAACUACGACAACUUCAUUCAGCAGCGCGAGAGGCUUCGCAACGUCUCCCAAGGUCGUACUUUCGGCGCCAUGCCGAGCGGACCGAAGUACGAGCCUACUGCGGCAAAGAAGAACAAGGCACCGCAGCCGCCCAGACGCCCGAUCGCUGUGCCGCACAGUAAGCGUCAGAACGGCAAUGCUCCGAAUCAGCACCCACCUCCACCCAAGCCAGGCAAAGGUGCUCCUGGUGGCAACGCUAACGCCGGUGCGAAUGUCGCUGGAGGAAAGAAGGGGUAG